AUGGCUGACGUGGCAGCAGUGGAUUCGUCGCUGCGCGUGGAUCUGUUCCGGCACCUGCCUCAGUUUGACCGGGCGGCUCAGAUCGCUCUCGUGGAGGCACGCCUGCUGGACGAGGAGGACAGUCCGCUCUCCGUGCACCCCGCCGUCUAUGAGGUGGGGAUGCGCUUCCUACAGCAGGAGCAGCGCCUGCAGGGGGGCAACGAGCGGUGCCUGGCCAUGCUGCACGCGCUGCGCCGCCUCUUCCUCGACCACCGCGUGCCCGACGCCCGCCCGCCCAUCCGCGACCUCACCGCGCGCCUCAACGCGCACGUGGCCUUCCUCAUCGCCUGCCGGCCUCUCUCUGUCGGCAUGGGCAACGCGGUGCGAGCGCUGAAGCAGUGCCUCACGCGCAUGGGCGCGGACCCGGGCGUGCAGGAGGGCGCGGCGCGCGCGGCGGUGGUGGCGGAGAUCGACCGGUUUGUGGCGGAGAAGCUGGUGUUCGCCGGGCAGGAGGUGGUGCGCCAUGCUGCAGGGAAGAUACGCAGAGAGGGCGAUGUGAUUCUCACCUUUGGGUGGUCCGAACUCGUGCUGGAGGUGCUGCUGUCAGCAGCGCGGGCAGGGCACAGGUUCAGAGCCAUCGUGGUGGACUCACGGCCACACCUGGAGGGCAAGGAGAUGUUGCGUCGCCUGCUCGCGGGCGGCAUCUCUUGUCUCUAUCUGCGCCUCAACGCCGCAUCGUACAUCAUGAAGGACGUGACACGUGUUUUCCUGGGGGCUGCAGCAGUGUUAGCGAACGGGGCAGCGUAUGCGAGGGUGGGGACGGCAGCGGUGGCAAUGAUGGCUCAUGCACAGCGCGUGCCCGUGCUGGUGUGCUGCGAGUCCAGCAAGUUCCACGAGCGCGUGCAACUCGACUCCAUCACCCACAACGAGAUCGGCGAUCCACAAGUGCUCAUCAGCACGGGCGUCUCACCGCUCUCUCCAACCUCACCACUGACAUCGGACGCAUCAGAAGCAUCAGAGGCGGCGGAGGCGCCACCGCUGCAGCACUGGCAGAGCACACCCAACCUGCGCCCCCUCAAUAUCCAGUUUGAUCUCACACCAGCAGACUACAUCACGGGCAUUGUCACUGAGAUUGGCGUGGUGCCCACAUCCAGCGUCCCUGUGAUCCUGCGAGAAGACUGCAAACGUCUAUCUGUAUUUCAUUGCCUAAAGCAUGAAGUGACGCCGGUGCAGCGGGCUGAGCAUAUGUGUGCUUUCCUGCCGGGUCGCCGUCAGGUUGCCGUCGUUUCUCGCCUGUCCUAUCCGCUUUCGGAAAGCGCAAGCUUGGCGCCUCCUCCGAAUAAUCCGGGAUUCAUUCAUUCUUCGCCAACGUCGCUCAUGGCGUCGCUGCUGUCGUACGGAGCCGGCAUCUUAGCCGGCGACAUCGGCGCGAAUCUCGAGGCCACUCUCGGCGUGCCGGGCCCUCUCGCCGGCUGGAGCCACGUCAACCUGCCGGCGGAAGGCGACGACGAGCCUCGUCCCGCGGAGGGGGAUUUUCUCAGCCUCGUCACGCGCGAGGACGAUGACGUGGACGGCGCUGACGUGGACAUGCUAGACGGAGACGGCGUGUCGCGCAGGCCAGUUCGGCAACUUCUAGGAGUCGAUUCUCCCUCCGGGAGUCCCGGAAGCGCGUCGGUCCAUCUCCCGCAGACCGUCCUCCAGGUCAUAGCCACGUCACUAGAAGCUGACGUGGUCGUAAUGGCGGUACUGUUGCCUCCGCCAGGCCCCACAGUCGCGGAUAUGGCGCAGGCGGCGGACGAAGCCGCCGCUGCUGCAGGCGCUCCCCCCGCGCCUGCGCCUCUCUUUCCCGGCGCUGCUUUCUCCCCCGUUGCGCCCGCCUUCGGCGCGCAUUCGCUUGGCGCGGACGCCAGCGCGGACAGGUCCGGGGAGUUUGGCGCAUGCGCCAGUAGCGGAGGGGAUGUUAGCGGGUACGGGGAAAGCGGAGGGUUCUGCAGCCGGGAGGGCAUGGGGAGGCGCAGCGGAACGGUCUUCCGCGGAGGGGGAAGAGGCGGGGAAGAGGGCGCAGGGAGAUGUGACAGCCGCGACGAGGGGGGCGGAAGGGGAGGGGGGAGGGGGAGCGGGAGGGGGAGCGCGCGGGGGAGGCGGGGGGAAAUGGAGGUGGUGCGGGUGGCGGAGUCGAUCCUAUCGACGCCCAAGGGGGUUGUGCCGGAGAUGGUUCCCUUCUGUAGGCGCAUGAUGAAGGCGUGCCAGCGACACAAGGUGGUGAGCACGGCGGGGCUGCACCUGCCUGCGAUCAUCGAGGAUGUGCUGGGCUGCCGCCCCCGCCGCUUCAUGGGCCGAUUCGUGCGCCUGCACAGCUACCGGGGUGUGCUGUACGCGCUAUGGAGCGACCCUUCCAAGGUGCCAGCGACGGUGGAGGAGGUGAUGGCACGUGCGGCGCACACGAUGCCGCUGCUCAUGGCCAACCGCAUCUCCGCGCGCCAGUCUGCACGCCUGGGGCAGCAGUUUGACGCCAUCCUCAAGCGCAUGCCGCAGGCUGUUGUUUUUGUUGACGAUGAGCUCGCACAGGUGGUGGUGAACCCAGCAGCGGCGGAUCUGUUGGAUCUGCCGUGCUUCGGGGAGGUGGACCCCGUGAAGGUCGCAACUGCCAUGCGCCAGCUCGCCGAGAGGAGCGGUAACCGCCCCGACCUGCACAGGUGGUUCAGCAUGGUAGCGGGGGCAGUGGAGACGGAGAUAGAGGAGGAGUGGCAGCUGCGGGAUCCGCCCAUGGUGCUGCGCGUGCACUCGUACCCCGUGGCAGCACACACCACCUCCGCGCACGGCCGCCUGUGGCUCUUUGAAGACGUCACUGCCGACCGCCGCGCCAGGCAAGCCAUCGCCGCCGCCAACCGCGCCAAGUCGCAGUUCCUGGCCACCAUGAGCCACGAGCUGCGCACUCCCAUGACUGGUGGGCGUGCUGGGCAUGCUGGACGGCUGACGGAGAUGAGCAAGGCGCAGCUUUGCCCACUACCCUCCCUCACCUCCUUCCACCAACCCCCACCGGCCCCCAUGGUCGCAGGCGUGCUGGGCAUGUUGGAUCUGCUGCGGUUGACGGAGAUGAGUGAGGAGCAGCACGGCGUGCUGAAGCUGAUGCAGGCGUCAGCGGACGGGCUGAUGACGGUGCUGAACAACAUCCUUGACUUCUGCAAGAUGGAGGCGGGCAGGCUGCUGCUCGAAUCCAUUGACUUCAGCAUUUCAGCCCUCCUAGACCAGGUACGUGCCUUCUGGACCAGGUACCUGCUGACGUUUGAGGCAUCUCAGAAGUACUCAGGUGCCAUGAUCGAGUCAGUCCGUGCUGUGCCAUAUUUGAGAGGCAGGCAGCAGAGGGCAAGGCUCUGUAUCUCACCUUCUCCCCUCUUCCGUCUCUGCAUGCAGGUGGUGGUGCUGUUCGAGCAGGCAGUGCAGGACAAGGGCAUGCGUCUGGUCAUCCACCCGCCGCCCCCCGAUGCUCUCUUCGUCUGUGGCGACCCCGUGCGCGUCAAGCAGGUGGUGGCGAAUCUGGUGAGCAACGCGGUGAAGUUCUCCAAGCGAGGCACCAUCACCGUCUCCUGGCGCAUUGUGCCCCUCCCCUCUGCAUCAGAGCCCUCUGCGUCUGGUUACAACGAUGGUGGCAGUGCGGAGCAGGAAUGCACAGAGAGUAGGGAGGUGGACGCGGAGACAGUGGGAGAGGGGCAGAAAGGGGACCAGGGAGGGACGGGGGAGCAACGGGGAGGGCAGGAGGGGGUUCAGGAGUUGGGGCAGGAGGGGGAAGGCCGGAGCCCAAUGGAGUCGGGCAGUCGUUCGAUACAGUCACACUCACACUCGCUUGCUGCCUCGCUGUCUGCUCGUGCAGACGAUAGCACUGCUGCUGCAGACACACCAGAGGCUGCGGAGGCAGCAGGGGCAGCAGGGGCAGCAGGGGCAGCAGGGGCAGCAGGGGCAGCAGGGGCAGCAGGGGCAGGAGGGUCAGGAGGGGCAGCAGCGACUGCAGGGGCAGCAGGGGCAGUAGAGGCUGGGGGGAUAGCCGGGGCAGCAGGGGCGCUUAUUUCCCCUGGCAGCACCAGUGGGGAGACGCAGGGGCCUGCAGGCUCGGCGAUGGAUGCAGGCUUGGGGUUGGGGCAGAGUGGGAGUUGGGGCAGUGGGAGCGGGGCGGGAGGGCGGAUGGAGUGGAUGGGUGAGUGCGAUGGGGGGGCACUGAGCGCACGAGGGGGGGGAUUGGGAGGGACGGGGGGAGUGAUGGGAGGAGAGGGAGCAGGAGUGGGAGAGGGGGAAGAUGCAGGAGUGAUUGAGUCAGCUGCUGACGUGGCAAUGCUGCUGGGUGAACCUUUCAUGCCGGUUUCCGGGCCGCUCAGACCCUCCGGGGGCAGCAGUGUGUCUGCUGACGUGGCGGAUGUUGUCGUGCUGGAUGACAGGCCAGGCUCUGACUUGGCAGCUGACGUGGAGAUGCUGUGUGGGGACAUACUCCCUGCACCUGCUACAGCUGCAGCCACCACCACUCCUGCUACAGCUGCCGCUGCUACAGCAGCAGCACCUGUCCCCACCACUUACCUCACACCCAGCACCCCCGCAAUCCCUCCCACACCCACUACCCCGUCCCCGUGCCUCCCGUCUCUCCGCCCCCCAGCCAGCCCGCUGCGUGUGGUGUGGCAGGGGGGGCGGGCAGCAGGAGAGGAGGACGUGGGGAGGGUGAGUGUGCGGGCGAGCUCAGAGGCGCAGCAGUGGCUGCGCUCGCUGCAGCAACCCGUGGGCCGCCUGCAUGGCUUUGAGGACGUGACUGUAACGGAUGGCAUUGUACAGGACGGGUCAGUGCAUGUGGGCACGGGCGUGUGUGAGGGGCUGGGGGGGAGGGUGGGGGCGGCUGGGUUACUGCGGGGCGGGUCGGGGGACGUGAUUGUGCGGCGGGGGAGUGGGGCGCGGGGGGAGGGGGGAGGGGGGUUGGUGAGGAGGCGCAGUACGGGGCGGGCCGGGGCGGAUGAGGUGGUGGGGCGCAUGGGGAGGGGCGUGCAGCAGCGGGAGCGCGCGCUCAGGAGGCAUGCUUCCGCUGGUAUGGCGGAGGGGGGCAGGCGGGGCAAGGGGGAGGAUGGGGGGAGCGUUGCCUGGGGUGGGGGGAGGAGUGAGGGGGGAAAGCUGGAGGGUGAAGGUGCUAUUGGGGGUGAUUCAAGCAGGAGGGGGCGUGGGGAAGGAAAUGUUGCUCGGGGAGCUUGUAGCGGGGAUGCCAGUAGCGGGGCAGCAGAGACGGUUGUGACUAUCGGGGAGGUGGUGGCUGCUGUGGGCGAUGGGGGGUGUUCUGGCAGUGGAAGGAGAGACACUGGGGGGAGUAUGGGGGAGAAGGAGGGCGGUGAAAAGGGGAAUGGAGGGGAGGAGGCCGAGGAGGGGAGCGAGGAGGGGGAUGGGGAGAGGGGGGAAGAGGGUGAGGAGAUGGAGGAGGAAGGGGAUCAGGAUGGAGAGGAGGAGCAGGGGGAAGUGGCCAAGGAGGGAGAGGAGGUGGGGAAGGAGGGAGAGGGCGAGGGGAAGGGGGAGGUGGGCAAGGAGCGGGAGCGGGUGUGGUACGAGGUGUGUGUGGCGGACGAGGGGGAGGGCAUGGCGGAGGAGGAGGUGCAGCAGGUGCUCUUCAUGGCUCAGGCCGGCGCUCAGAGGGGGGGAGUGGGCGGCACGGGGUUGGGCUUGGCCAUCAGCCACGGGCUGCUGGCGCUGAUGGGCGGGCGCCUCUGGAUCAAAUCCCAGCCGUCCAAAGGCACCCACGCCUUCGCCCUCUUCCCCCUCCUCCCCGCGUCCGCCCCCUUCCCCCCAUCCGCCAAGGGCGGCCCCCCCGCCUCCCCCCUGGGGGCAGGCCGGCGCUCCCCCUCCCCUGUCCUGGACAACAAGGUGAACCAGCUGCUCAUCCGCCGCCUGCUCAAGCACUACGGCCACGAUGUCACCGUGGUGGGCAACGGGCGGCUCGCAGUGGAGGCCGUGCAGAAGGAAUGCUUUGACCUCGUUCUCAUGGACCUGCAGAUGCCCGUGCUGGAUGGGUUGAGUGCCACGCGCGAGAUAAGGAAGCUGCCAGGAAGCGAGGCGCGAGUCCCGGUGUACGCGCUGACGGCGGACGUGUUGGCGCCGGAGAUAGAGGCGGCGGGGAUGGACGGCUUCCUCAGCAAGCCCAUCGCCUGGGACAAGAUGAGCCUCGUUGUGCACUCGCUGCUGCACGCUAAGAACGCCACGCUCAAGCAGCAGAAGCAGGUUGCGGCUGCUGCCGCCGCUGCUGCUGCUCCUGGCUCUGCUGCUGCUGGCUCUGCUGCUGCUGCAGGAGCAGGGGUGGUUGGUUCGGGUGGCAAGGGUGGGGAGGCAGGUGAGCAGGCAGAGGGCAGGGUUGGAGAAAAGGCAGGAGGCGAAGCAGGAGGGAAGGAGGUGGGAGCAGCUAAACGGGCAGACGGGGGAGCAGCAGGAGUGACGGGCGCAGUGAGUGGUGCGGGUACAGCAGUGGCAGCAGCAGGAGGAGGUGCGGCGGGUGGAGAGGCGGCAGGGGGAGGCGGCGGCAAGUUGCGGGUGUUGGUGGCGGAGGACAACAGGGUGAACCAGAUGCUCAUUCGCAAGAUGCUGCAACACUACGGGCACGAGGUGACACUGGUGCUGAAUGGGCGGCUGGCAGUGGAGGCAGUGCAAGCACAGCCAUUCGACCUUGUUCUCAUGGACAUUCAGAUGCCCAUCAUGGAUGGCUUGACGGCCACGCGCGAGAUCAGGAAGCUGCCAGGAAAGGAAGCGCGAGUGCCAGUGUACGCGUUAACAGCGGACGUGUUGGCGCCGGAGAUAGAGGCAGCGGGGAUGGACGGCUUCCUCAGCAAGCCCAUCGCCUGGGACAAGAUGAGCCGAGUUGUCGACACUCUGCUACGAGCCAAGGCAGGCCAGCCCUGA